UCAGCCCUCACAGCGGCGCGCAUGGGAGCGCGCUCGAGCCUCCAAUCAUCCCUCACGCGCUGCGAGGCAGCCAGGCAUCUCCUGUGAUCCGCUUCUUCACGCGUCUCCUGCUCAACGGACAAAACACGGAGGCACUGUGUUUGAAGAUGGAGACUCCCGGCUCAUGUUUUCUCUUUUCUCUGCUCCUCAUCACACUGUCUCAAACAUCACAUGGCUCUGAGACCCCAUCUGCAAAUGCCAAGUGGAGUCUAAUCCAGUCCUCAACCUCCAUCACCGACUCCAUGCAAGAUCCUGAGAUGGGACUUCCUCAUGGCAACCCCAGAAGAAGACAUGGGUCACGUGAAGUCAGGGAUAGUGCUGGGUUGCUCUCCCAGAGGCCUGUGUCCUGGCCGGAGGAUGACGGGCAGAGUCUAGAGGGUCUGAGCCCUGUAAGGCUGGAGAUGGGGCCUGGGGACCAGGUGAGGGCAGGGGGUCAUGAUGAGGUCAGUGGUCCUGCUCAUAUGCGGCGGGGAAAUCCUCCAACAGAGGGAGAGUUCACACGUAAAGGCAGGAGACACGGUCACGGGCACCUGGCUGAACACAGGAAGCAGGGAGGCAGAAGAGAAAAAGGCAGAGCUAAAGGGGUUCUCUAUGACCCUGAACCACAAUUAGGCUCCUUGUUAAAGGACAUGAAGGCAUUUGAGGAUGAUUCCUACACCUCCCUGCCCAAUCAUGACAAUGCCCAUCCCACUGACGUUCCCUCCUCUGUCUCACCCAUUUUAGCAACCACAGCAGACAACGAGCAUCCCCCAACACUGGCCCCAGCUUCCACCAAACCACAGAAGUCAGGCAGAGGGAAAGCCCAAGGGGAGGUGUUGCCCACCCUGGACAUGGCGCUCUUCGACUGGACUGAUUAUGAAGAUAUGAAGCCUGUUGACUCUUGGCCAUCAAGCAAAAGAAAAGAUAAACGUCGCAGCAAAAACAAGAGCAAUGGGAACUCAACGCUCGAUGCUGAUGUCAUCGAACCAUGUGACCAUCAUCUCGACUGCCUCCCUGGUUCCUGCUGUGACCUUAGAGAACAUGAGUGCAAACCUCACAACCGUGGCUUGAACAACAAGUGUUACGAUGACUGCAUGUGUGAGGAGGGUUUGCGCUGUUACGCCAAGUUCCAUCGCAAGCGAAGGGUGACCCGAAGACGUGGCCGCUGUGUGGAACCAGAAAGAGCCAACAGUGACCAAGGAGCCUUCAUCACCAUCUGACAUAUCCUAUAUAGAGAUAAAGAAAGAAACAGAGAAUGACUGAUGACAAAGAAAAUAAUAAGACGAAACAACCACAUUCUCAUUCUCCCAUGGACUGCAAGAUGAACUGAGCCUAUCCUGAACAAGAGAUCAGGUCAAAGUUAAAAGCACCUCAAAGUUUGCUGGCACUCAACGCGCAUUAUAAAUAUACAUAUGCUGUUUUGUCAAAAGUUACAUGUGCAUUGCGUAACUGUUACCUAUACUGGUGUUUCUUAACUGGUGGGUUGCAACACAAAAAUGGGUUGCAGACAGUGCUAAAUGCAAAUUAAAUGGCAAAACAAAUAGGCUUAUCAAUAGGCUUAAAAGGGACGAGAAAACGCUUCCCAUAGUUUUGGUUGCGUCCACAGUAUUUUGGUGCAAACUCAUAUAUCACAUGGUAAUAUGGUUAAUACUAGUACAUGAUGGGGCUCAAUGUUUCUUAUAUGUGUUACGCUGGUAAAUCACACUUCUGCUGUUGUUUACACAUUUACAAAAUUGACGGUUUUCCUGUUCAGCCUAUGUAAUGUUCAAGGGAUAGUUCACCCAAAAAUGAAAAUUCUCUCAUCAUUCACUCACCCUAAUGCCAUCGCAGACUUACUUUCUUUUGCAGAACACAAACAAAGAUU